AUGUCGAGCCACAUGGAAUACAGCUCCUACCCGAGAGAUUGUCCCACCAUGGAUAGCCUGGAGAGGCAGCUGAUCUGCCCCAUCUGCUUGGAGAUGUUCACCAAGCCCGUGGUCAUCCUGCCCUGCCAGCACAACCUCUGCAGGAAGUGCGCCAAUGACAUUUUCCAGUCUCGAGGGACAACCCUGGGAUCGGCAGGGAGGUUUCGCUGUCCGUCUUGCCGCCACGAAGUGGUUCUGGACAGGCACGGCAUCUACGGGCUGCAACGGAACCUGCUGGUGGAGAAUAUCAUUGACAUCUACAAGCAAGCUUCCGCGAGGGGGCCGGAGAGGCCGCUGCUGAAAAGCGAGCACCCCACCUGUGAGGAGCACGAGGAGGAGAAGAUCAACAUCUACUGCGUGACGUGUGCCGUGCCCACAUGCUCCCUCUGCAAGGUCUUCGGGGAGCACAAGGAGUGCGAGGUGGCCCCUCUCUCGGACAUCUACGCCAGGCAGAAGGCAGAGCUGACGGAUGGGAUUGGGGCUCUCGUGGCUGCGAAUGACAGGAUCCAAGCCUACAUCGGCAGUUUGCAAGGCACGUGUAAGAAUAUUGAGGAAAAUUGCAAAGCUCAGAAGCAAGCCCUGUGUGAGAAGUUUGACCGCAUGUGCGCCAUCCUGGAAGAGCGGCGCAAGAUCAUGCUGCAGAGAAUCACCUACGAGAGGGACGAGAAGAGCCAGCACCUGAAGUCCCUCAGCAAGGCAUGCAGUGACCAUAUCGAGUCCUCGUCCAAGCUGGUGGACACGGCCCUGCAGUCCAUGGAGGAGCCCCAGAUGGCUGUGUUUGUGCAGAAUGCCAAAGUUCUCAUCCAGAAGAUUGCUGAGAUGACGAACGGUUGCAAACCAGAAGCGCUGGAACUGGGAUACGACAACAUGGAUCACUACGCUGUGGAUUUCAAUGCUGAGGAACGAGUUCUCUACCAGCUGGAUUUCAUCAAAGUGGAAGAGCUGGAGCCAACCGCAGAGGAAGACGGGGCCUCCGGGGAGGCUGGGGACGUCGGCGAGGGCAGGGAAGACGCCGAGGACCUUCUUGCCCUUGGGAGUGACGAUUCGUUUCACGGGAGGGCUCUCCUGCCGGGCGACUCGCUCAGUGGCGCGGCCAGCUGGGUUGCGGCUCCUCAGCCUGGGACCGAAGGCCCGGCUGGCAGAGAGGGCAGCUUGUGCGGAGCCCAGCAGGGCCAGGUGGAUGGAGAGAUCCAUCUGGCCGACUCCAGUUCGCCCGCAUCCCUGCCAGAUAGCGCCUUGACCAGCAGCACGCCCGGCCAAGCCACCGGGCAACCCACAGCGGAAGGAGCCUCUGGGGACGCCUUCAGCUCCAUGGACAGCUCAGCGGAGCCCCAGGAAGCCAGGGGCCUGGGCGGCAGCAAGGAGUGCGAAGCCGGCCCCGCGCUCCUUCUGAAUGGGGUGGCAUCUUCCGCCAGCCAGGGCUCGGUGUCCGGCCCCGCUGGUGACAGAUGGAGGAACGAGGACAUCCCUGCGCCAGUGCUUAGCAGCUGCUCCAGCCCUGCCCUUUGGCUCCAUGAGUAA